CCUCUUGCAGACUGAGACGAGUGAACACGUCAUUAGCUGUGAUCCCCUCUGUCUUUUUGUCGAAAAAAUGAAAAUGGGAACUUUUUGUGUUUUCAGACGAGUCUGCCUCCCUGCCUUCUUACCCUGCCCCUGUUUUAAAUAAACACCAUACCAUGAGUCUGGACGAGAGGUUCAACGAGGCCGCGGACAAAGUCAAGUCCCUGACGCAGAGGCCCAGCAAUGACGAGCUCCUGGAACUGUACGCUCUCUUCAAGCAGGGCUCCGUUGGCGACAACAACACAGACAAGCCCGGCAUGCUGGACCUGAAGGGCAAGGCCAAGUGGGAGGCGUGGAACGGCAAGAAGGGCAUGGCCCAGGACGCGGCCAAGGAGGCGUACAUCGCCAAGGUGGCCGAGCUCGUCGCCAAGUACCCGCACUCGUAGCGCGCCAAGGCUCGCGCCGUCACGCUCAUCAUCCCGACCAUUGAAUACACCUCGCUGCACAGCAGUCUGCACAGCAGCAGCGCCUCGCGGAAUGCCGGAGCAGCGAUGACUUAGCCGUCCUGGCUAUAUAGCACGCGUUGGAGGCGGCAGAGCGUCGAAAAAGAUUACGACUUUAAUUAUUAUCAACUACCCUUAAGACAUUAAUUUUUAAUAAUUUUCAUUAUGAAAAUAAAUAGUACAACGAUUUUAUAA